AUGGCCAGCCGAUUCAUUGUGCCUGACAGCAGUCCACCGAGCAGCGCGCCCUCGACCCCCGACAGAUUGCCUCGCCUCAACAAUCAACCCUCUACUACGCCAGCUGGUCAUCCACCGCCCUCAUCUGCUGCUUCCACAACGCCGGCUGGAGCUCCAUCCGAUGCCUUCCUCGGCAGCUCCAUGAUGCGCGGCGUCAGCAAGCCCAAUUUUGGCGGACGCACCCUGUUCGAACGAAGCGAGAUGAGCAAUGCUCCCCUUGGCCGCUCCAUUCGUGGUCGCGAGCUCAGGCCAUCCGGAUUAAGUCGACAGUUCCAUUUUGAUGAGGAUGCUGAAGGGGAGGAUGUUGAUGCUGAGGGCGAGGACGAGCUGCCUCCCCCGCGCGCCAGCCUCUUCCGCACAUCGCACAAGGAUGAUUCUCAAGCUGCGGACGGUGCAGAUGCCGGUGGCGAUGACAUGGAAGCCGAGAUUGAACAAUUUCUUCUGCAGGAGAUGGAACUUCAACAGCAAAACAAGGACGAUGAAAUGCUUGACGAUAAAGGAUCUGAGCUCGGCGACAUGUUCCUCAAUAUGCGACACGACGAUAGACCAUAUGGCCAGCCAGUUAUUGGCGAGGGAGACGACCUCAUAAUGUUGAAUACUCCCGCGGCUACUCACAGGGUGCGCAAGGAAGCUGAGGACAUCUUCCGUCGAUCAAAUGUACACUUUGGUACGUCGACGAGAAACAAGGAGUUUCGAUUUGGCGCGAUUGCGAGAGAUUUGUACACGAGCCGAGAUGCGGCUACUCUGACCGAACCGACCGAGUUGAUUCUCAACACCGAAGAUCUUGUUUGCCGUCUCUACAAGGAUGGCAUUGGCGCCGAGGAAAAUGUGGACAAGAUGGACAAUUCUCUCGCCACCGUCUCGUACCGCCUGACUCAACUCUGGAACGAUUUUGUCGAUACCCUUCCAACGCCCGAUGGAGAAGACUUGGUGUCCAUUGGUCCCGGUAUGCAGGCACAGCCAUUCGAAAAAGCUGCGUUUGUCGCUCACCUUGUCCUUCGCAUGCACCACACAAGAUUCGACCCUGAGACCGAGCAAGAAAAGACUCCUCCGCUGCCUGAGGUUCUCUUCAGCUGGAUGACUACUAGCCACAACCUCUACCCUGAUAAUUUUCGCUUAAUGAGCCGGUUCAAACCUAGCCCUGCAUGUCACACCAUGUUCUGGCAACAGGUGCGAAACACGCUGCUCCGAGGAAAUGUCACCGCUGCGUCCCAACUGCUGAGGAAUGCAGGAUGGGAGCAUGUACGCAAGGGGACAGGAGGAGAGCAGGCAUAUACAGGCAAGGCCCUGGACAAUGUCCGUCGCUUUUGCGCGGCUACCGCUGAGGCCCUGGAAAAAUGUCCUGCGGCUAAUGGUGAUUGGGACAUCUGGAACAGUGCAUGGACUCUGUUCCGUGUGCAUGCCAAGGGCUCACUGGACCGACUGACUCUCUUUGCAGAAGGACGUGAUGUGCAAAUGGACGAUUUGGGCGGUGGCUAUGAUUCUCCCGCUCAAUCUAUGUCUACGAUGGCAAAGGAGGCGUCGAGCCAGCUUCCGUGGGUUGUGUACGAGGAGCUGCAAAUGGUGUAUGGCAUCCUUCUCGGCGAUGCCGAGGCUGUAUUGGAAACCGCUCAGGACUGGUGCGAGGCCACGGUGGGACUCUUCGGGUGGUGGGAUGACAGCUCACAGCGACGCAAGAAUCUUCGCAUCGCACAGGGCCGAUUUAACGCAUCGACCACGGGCCGGUUUGGUGCUUCCGACGACUACCUGGACCGGCUGUCCGCUACUUUCCACAAGGUCAUUGAGUCUGAUCUGAAUCCCAACACUAUGAAUCCAGUGGAGGUUGCGCUUGCAUCCGCAUUCGAAGGCAACAUCACAGCAGUCAUUGGCUGCCUCAGAAUUUGGUCGCUGCCUGUAGCAUGCUCGGUUGCGGAGAUUGCCUCGUUGGGCGAGUGGCUGCCAGCGACAAAACUGGCAGCCGAUCUGCCCGCCGAUGGACUCGAUAUGGAGGACUUAGCUUUGCUCGGAAUUACACCGCCAUCUGACGACGAAAAGCAGGGAAUCAAGGAUACCACGCUGGUGCUCUAUGCCCGCGAACUGGCCGGCAUUGAGCACAUGUCGCCCCAGCAAGACGGCUGGGAAAUGGCAAUUCAGGUCCUAGGACGCAUGGAUCUUCCUGAAAAGUCGGAGCAGACCGUGAGCGAGCUUCUUCGGGACUUGCUUGCAACGCUCGACCAAAACUCAAGCUCGACGGUGGACAAGAUGUGGAAGAUACUGAACGAUCUGGGCAUGAUGAACUUUGCCGAAGAGACUGCCGAGACAUUUGCAGAUAUCUUGGCGAAAGAAUCGCACCGCUACGGUGAAGCGUUGUGGUACUUUGCCCUGUCGCACAAGACUGAGCGGGUGCGUGAGGUGCUGAACCUCCUCACAUCAUACUCGCUAGUUCAUUCGACGGCGUAUCCGGCAGAGAAAGAGCUGGAUGACGAUCUUAGGAAUCUUUUGCGCAACCGCUCAGCCACCUUGGAAAGGAGGGCGCAACAGGAUCUAGACGCAGCACAAUUGCUAGGCCGGAUGCUGAGUGGAUAUGCGACACUUCGCAAGUUUUAUGAGCUGCGAGACGAAUAUGCACAGCAAGAUGCAUCGUCGUCUAAGGCGUUGUCGCUGCGAAAACAGGCGGCAUUUGCACUGGUAGCAGCCAUAUCUAGCUCUGAUGACAAUAUUCGCGGCGGGUUGUACGACGACACACGCGACGCGGUAGUGAGCGAGGACUUCCUGCUGGCUUUGCUGGGCGAGGUGACGGUGUUUUUGGGCCAGCAGCCGUGCACGAUGUCGCUAGAGCAGAUUGACAGCGUGCUGAAGGCAAUUGAGGACUUGCAGACGGUCGGAUCGCGGGUGUACGAGGCCUGCGACGAGUUCUUUCAGCUGGUCCUGGCGUCAGGGCAGGGCUUAAAGGGCUCAACACCCGCGGAUCUGAUGCUCAAGUCGACUGGCGCGCUUGGGGCGAGCAGCUACAUCAUGACGGGCAGCUCGAUGCUUGCGAGUCAGCUGCACAAGACCGGGCCGGGCCGGGUCGAGAGGGGAUGGGACUGGCGCAAGCAGUGGCAGAUGUCGACAAAGGGAGAGGAUGUGCUGCGUAAGCUGCGGCUGGGACUGGCGAAGGAUCUGGCGGCGCUGUGGCUGGAGGAGGCGGACGGGGCGACGACGGCGUUUUAA